AUCUUAAGCCCCCCACAAGAAGUGUGUUACCUGCAAAGCAGCCCCACUUUUCUCGGGGAAACAGGUUGAGCUGAUGUGGUUCUACCGGUGGCCCCUCGACCGUCCCGUCUCUCAGGUUGACUCAGCUCCUUCUCAUCGGCUCGGAAGCUUGUGGGACGCAUGUUUGUACACAAAUACCUGAACCGUUCAGUGCAGUCUGGACCCCAUGAAGUGAGGAGGCGGCGAGCAAAGGGGUCCCCAGGUGGCUAGAAAAGGUGAAGGGGGUGUUAAGAAUGAGGGUGGGUGGCUCCAGGGCAGGUGGCAAGGAAACGAAGCACCUUGUUUAGCGCCGAGAUGGACUUUGCUCCUUCCCUUUCCUCGAGUCACAUUUUCCUUAAUGGCGUUUUGGCGGAAACAAGCAGCCGCCUCCCAAAUUGGCUUAAGAAGAUCGGCUGCACCGAGGCGACUCAUGCGGCGGCCAAGAUAGAGGAGAGUCUGUCUGGGGAUUUCGGGUCCCAGCUGCCGAAACAGAGCUGAUGAAAGAGGCUCCAAAGCCAGAGCGGCCGGCCCCCGUCAUCCUCCCCAUCCAUGGACCAGUGGAAGAAGAGCCGUCCAGCCCUCCUGCCGAGGAGGAAGGAGGGAUCCCAAUCCCCACGGCAGGGCUGCUGCAAGUGACCGAGCGCAGGCAGCCUCUGAGCAGCGUCUCCUCCCUCGAGGUGCACUUUGACCUUUUGGACCUGACCGAGUUGACCGACAUGUCUGACCAGGAGCUGGCCGAGGUCUUUGCUGACUCGGACGAAGAGAACAAUGUGACCAACGAGGCCCCUCCUGGUCUGCAGCCCCAGCCCCAUCUGAACCCACGGGCUGGCUACCUCCGCUCUCCAUCCUGGACCAGAACGAAAGGAGAGAAGGGGCGGGAGAAGAAGCACCUCAGCGACUCGGAGCUCCAGGCCAGCCAUGCCGACGCUUUCCUGACUCUGGAGAAGCCGAAAGAAGAAUAAAGAGGAGGCCGGAAGCCGAACCAAGGUGCCAACGAUCGAUCGACUCUUGCACUAGCCGCAAAUUCCUGGCAAUUUGUGUCCUUAAAAGACAUUCGUUCCCUCCUCUGCAUCUGCCCCCCCCGGUGCCCCCCGUCCCCACCAAUCAAGGACCGUUGCCAAUCUUGCUGGUCAACCUUCUCACCUGCCCCAUGAGUUACGUUUGCCAAUUGAGGAGGCCCCUCUCCCGAUCCUUUACAACAACAGGUAGGGCCCGCCAUGAUUCCAGAAGAAAAAAAAUACGGGCCCAUUUAAAACGUGUCCUGCUCCUUUCGGAACAGGAUCAGCCACGACGGACCACGGAGAGAAGGGUGAAUCGGGCCCAGGGGACAGAGCGAGCUGCCGUAGCACAGAGCAAUGGGGGAAGUGCUCUCUUCAGCCACGUGCCUUGAGGGAUACCAGGGUGAUGUGAUGAAAGCCUGCCAGCCAGGGCAAGGAGAAAACAAAACACAAAAACCCAACAAUACCAAAGGAACGGAAGGGAAAACCUCGCCCUGUGAUGCUUCCAGGAUCUCUGGCAAAGAGGAGCUGCUGAGCGCCUGGAAGAGCGACACGGGGCAGAUCCAAAUCUCGCUUCCGAAAAGCACAUUUCUCUUCCCAGUGGCCUUAACUCCUGCCCGUGGCUACUCCGGAACGUGGGUCUCAGCACACGCCACGCCGGUAGGGCCGGAUAGCUUGCUUGCAUCUCCGCAACGGUGGAAGGCAUCCCACAGCAAAGAGCUGGGCCGUCCUCCCACCAAUUCACCGCGACGGCAACCCCAAGCCCUGCAUGUUCUGCUGCCACCCCUCGCGGGGCCAGAGCAGGCGGCGAGGAAGACGACACCCAAGAGGCGACUGGUGGGGUGUCCGACGGCGCUUCUCGAGCCUCUUGCAAAAUGGAAAGGUAGGCGCCGAGGCCUUCAACCCAAACCAAACACUUCUCUCAAAAGACCCCCUCCUCCUGCACAGUCCCUAGCCCGCCUCUGGCACCUCUGGACUGGGUGGUGUCCCCACUGAGCGGAUGUAGCUGGCCAAAGGGGCUGGGGUUUUAAAGCUUUCCCAUCCCUCCCGUCCAACCGGGCACCCCCUUUCAUGCCAUCCAGAUCCUUGGGGGACCCACCGCAGAGCUCGCCCGGCCACACCCCUUCUCCCUAGAGCUGUGGCCCCCCCAACCCUUGGGUCCCCAGGAUGUUCUUGGACUUCAACUCCCAGAAAUCCUGGCCAGCAGAGGUGGCAGCGGC